AUGCCGUUUUCAACAUACGAUGCCAGUGUUGGCAUGGUCCUUAAGACCCUCAAGUCUCUCGAUGCCAUCCUCGCCAGCGCUGAAGAGCACGCCGCAACCAAGAAUCUCAAUGUCGAUGACUACGUACAGGCUAAGCUGUACGAAGACAUGAAACCCCUCGACUUUCAGUCAACUUUCGCUGGCCUCCGCAAACAAACCACAGACGCCAUAGCUUCCCUCCAGAAGGUGGACCCCGACUCUGUCGAGGGCAAGGAGACGAGACUCAUCACGAUGGGCCUCGGUCCCGGCAAAACCAAGGAGCUUUCUGCGAAGGACUACAUCGUCGGAUACUCGGUUCCCAACAGUUUUUUCCAUCUGCAGACCUCCUAUGCUAUCCUGCGGCAACAAGGAGUGCCCCUGGGCAAACGUGUCUACAUCGCACCAUUCUCUUCGUAA